CCGUAACUUUUCAUUGGCUCCCCACCUGGACUUUAAGCUGUGACUAUGCAUUUUCCUUGCGUGUUACUGUGUUGAUUUAUUACUCAGUUACAAAGGAGCUGACGACCCUGACUGAAUACUGAGGAGUGAGAUCAUUAGUGUUUAUGGUGAGAACAUUGAACACACGCAACUCCACUCACACAAACUCUUUCUGGUCUUUACCAAGCGUUCACUGUCGGACUCAGCACAGAUACGGGAACUAGGAGGAAGAACCAAUGAAGAGGACCUCAGUAAUCGUCAUUUUGCUGCUAAACGUGGCUUUGGAAAUGAGCGGUGCUGCAGGCCAGACGGGAUCUGCUGCAGAUCCCUCCAAGCCAGAGAGGAUGAAGAAGGCCAGGGAAGGUGACAGCAGUCCUGCGAGUGGAUCCUCUGCAGGCUUCACUGGGAAGCUGCUGGUGGUGCCCAUGGAUGGAAGCCACUGGGUGGGGCUGAAAGCCAUUGCACAAGAACUGGGUCGGCGUGGACACGAGGUUACCGUGGUGAUCCCGGAGUUCAGCAUGCGGAUGGGCCCUGGGAAACACUUCAACACCGUGACUUAUCCUGUUCCUUACGAUCAGGCACACAUCGACAAUUUAAUGGCACAGAACAAGGACGUCAUCAAAAAGUCUGAGGACUCGUUCUUGGAGAAGGUGAAGAAGAAAAUCUCUCACAUACAGACGGUGGGAGGGUUUCUUCACACGACUGCUGAGAGUCUGCUGUUCAAUACCAGCCUCAUCUCGCACCUGGCUCAGCAGCGCUUCGAUGCCGUCUUGACAGAUCCUAUGGUGCCAACAGGCUCAUUAGUAGCUCGGAAAUUAGGUCUUCCCACCAUCAACCUGCUCCGAGGGAUCCCCUGCUCCCUGGACAUGAAAGCUGCAGGCUGCCCCUCACCGGCCUCAUACGUGCCUCGCUUUUUCACUCAAAACACAGACAGGAUGAACUUCAAGGAGAGAGUUAUCAACACCUUGGUGGCUUUAGUGGAGCCGCUGUUAUGUCGAGUGGUGUACUGGCACUUUGAUGAGAUAGCGCACCAGUUCCUGGGAGAAAAGGUGGGCAUAGCAGAGGUGCUGUCCCACUCUGAUAUCUGGCUACUGAGGAUAGACUUCAUACUGGAGUACCCGCGCCCUCUCAUGCCUAAUGUCAUCCCGGUCGGUGGAAUCAACUGCCACGUGAGAAAUCCUCUUCCAGACGAUUUAACGCCGUGGGUGUCAGGACCGCAUGGGUUUGUGGUGUUCACUCUGGGCUCCAUGGUGUCAGAGUUCCCAGAGGAGAGAACUUCUACCUUUCUAGAAGCCUUCAAACAGAUACCACAGAAGGUAAUCUGGAGGUACAGUGGGAAGAUUCCUGACAACAUGCCAGGCAACGUCAAGAUGAUGGAGUGGGUUCCUCAGAACGACCUCCUAGCACAUCCUGGAGUUCGAGCUUUCAUCACUCACGCUGGCUCUCAUGGUCUGUUUGAGGGUUUGUGUCACGCUGUUCCCAUGCUGAUGAUGCCGGUCGCCGGCGACCAACUCGACAAUGCUCAGAAGAUAGCAAGCAGAGGAGCAGGACUGGUGUUGGAUAUUACUACUGUCAGCGCAGAGAGCCUGCUGCAGGGACUUACUGAGGUCAUCAACGACGCCAGGUACAGGGAGAAAGUGCAGGAGCUGUCAGCGCUUCAUAACGACCGCGUGAUCGACCCACUGGAUCUUUCCGUGUACUGGACAGAGUUUGUGAUGCGACACAAAGGAGCAAAGCACCUCAGAUCAGCAGUUCACGACCUCAACUGGUUCCAGUACUUCUGCCUGGAUGUGAUAGCGCUGCUGGCUGCUGUGGUGCUGCUGGUUGGAAUAGUGGCAGCAAAAUGUUUGAAGCUGUGCCUGCAGACACUGAGCAGGAAGAGGAAGCAGGACUGAGAUCAAUUUUGUUGUCAGGAUCUGACAUUUUCCUGUUUUAUUUUGAAAGCCCAUGUCUUUGUGUUUCAGUUCUGUCUUGACCUUCCUGUUCCCCAUCGGCCCUGAUCGUCUGCACCUGUGUCACGUUAACCCUUGUGUAUAUCUAGUCUUGUCUUUCCCGUGCUCCUUGCUGGUCCGUUUGUUCACUCCAUGUUCUCCUUGUCAGGUUUUCAUAGUUUUUUGAUUCUUGUUUUAAGUUCUGUUUUUUUCUAAUCCUGUUCAGCAGCGCUUUUGGUUUUGUUUGGUGAAAUAAACACAUUUUUGGGAA